GAAAGUAAAAUGGAGGUAUUUCCUGAUACAAUACGACGCCAUGAUAUUUGUUUCACAGAUCCUCUUCGAAUCGUAUAACGAGAACGCGUAAUAGAAAGUAGAACAUACUUUUGCUUGGUUCUUGUUAGUGGUACGUGUUGCUAUUAAGGAAAAUCAUCGCAAUUCUAAUUUUGGAGUAAUAAGUAUCUUUAUGAGAAUGGCGUAUCGUGAUCGUGAACGUAGUGAUAGAAGAGGAGGAGGAGGAGUACGUGGAGGAGGUCGUUUUAGCGGUCGAGAUGGAAGUAGUGGAAGUGGGAGAUUUGGUAGUAAUUCCAAUAGAGAUAGUAGUUUUGGAAACAAUAAUUUUAAAAACCGGCAACCUGGAGAACGGCUUCGAAAACCAAGAUGGGAUAUGAGUGCAUUACCACCAUUUAGAAAAGAUUUCUAUCAACCUCAUCCUAAUGUUACAACUCGAAGUUCACAUUUAGUUGAAGCUUAUCGUUCAGAUAAAGAAAUUACUGUAAAAGGAACAAAUGUGCCAGGGCCAAAUAUAUUUUUUGAGGAAGGUGGAUUUCCAGACUAUGUGUUAAAUGAAAUUCGUAGACAAGGUUUCGGGGAACCAACUGCAAUUCAGGCACAAGGGUGGCCUAUUGCUUUAUCUGGACGUGAUAUGGUUGGAAUUGCUCAAACUGGGUCUGGGAAAACAUUAGCAUAUAUUUUACCAGCAAUAGUACAUAUAAAUCAUCAACCAAGAUUAAAUAGAAAUGAUGGUCCUAUAGCUUUGAUUUUAGCACCAACAAGAGAACUUGCACAGCAAAUUCAACAAGUUGCAUCAGAUUUUGGUAUUUCGUCACAAGUAAGAAAUACAUGUAUUUUUGGUGGAGCUCCAAAAGGCCCUCAAGCUCGUGAUCUUGAACGAGGUGUUGAAAUUUGCAUAGCAACACCUGGACGACUUAUUGAUUUUCUAGAACGUGGUACAACAAAUUUACGUAGAUGCACAUACUUAGUACUUGAUGAGGCUGACAGAAUGCUUGACAUGGGUUUUGAGCCACAAAUUAGAAAAAUUGUAGAACAAAUCCGACCUGAUCGACAAACUCUUAUGUGGUCAGCAACUUGGCCAAAGGAAGUUCGUAAUCUUGCAGAAGAAUUUUUAACUGACUAUAUACAAAUUAAUAUUGGUUCUCUACAAUUAGCUGCUAAUCAUAAUAUCCUUCAAAUUGUUGAUGUAUGUGAAGAAUAUGAAAAAGAGGGUAAACUUAUGAAACUUUUAGAAGAAAUAUCAAAUGAACCAGAGAAUAAAACUAUUAUUUUCGUUGAAACUAAGAGGAAAGUAGAUGAUAUAACACGUGCAAUUAAUAGGUAUGGAUGGCAAGCAAUUGGCAUCCAUGGAGAUAAAAGUCAACAAGAAAGAGAUUAUGUAUUAAAUCAGUUCCGGAAUAGCAGAUCUGCCAUUCUAGUAGCUACAGACGUUGCAGCAAGAGGAUUAGAUGUGGAAGAUGUUAAGUUUGUGAUAAAUUUGGAUUAUCCAUCCAAUUCUGAAGACUAUGUACACCGGAUUGGUCGUACAGGACGUUCACAGCGUACGGGAACUGCGUACGCAUUUUUCACUCCUGGUAACGCACACAAGGCUAGUGACUUAAUUCAAGUUUUAGAAGAAGCAAAACAAGUUGUAAAUCCCAAACUAUAUGAAUUAUCGAGGAAUCCAGGCAUUUAUAAAAGAGGUCGUUAUGGGGGACGUAGUGGAGGUGGUGGAGGACGUGGUUCUGGGGGCCGUGGCGGCACUUCCCGUGGUUCGCGUGGCGGUCGCGACGGAGAGAGAGGUGGCAGAUUUGAUCGUUCUAAUGGCGGUGGAGGAGAUCGAGGAAAUAAGUGGAAUGGUGGUGUGGGAGGAGGCAACUAUAAUAGUAAAGCAUUUUCUCAAAACAAUUAUGGAGGAGGAUCUGGUGGUGGUUCCAGUGGUUAUAGUCAAAAUGGUGGAUACGGAGGCAGUGGAGGAGGUGGAGGUGGCAGUAAUUAUAGACAACAAAAUGGCUAUUGAUUACAAAAUAAUUCAUUUUGAAUGAAUGUUUUAUGUAAUAUAGUAAAGAAAUGUAAACAAACUAAAGAAUGUUCUAUAGAACGGGUUUUUUUAUGUAACGUGCUUCUCGCAAUUAAACACAAAGUAGAGUAAAAUGCACGUGAUAUUAUGGCCCGUUAAAGUAAUAUGAUUAAAUGUAUUAGCAAGCUAGGUUACGACAAUUUAAGGACAUUCAUAAUCAUUCUUAAAAAAAAAAAAAAAAUGAAAAAGAUAAAAAGCGUAUAUGCAAAUGUAAUGUUAGGUAGAAUGUUACUAAUGAUUUUUGACAUGUGAUACUUGCAAAUACGACUAUAUAUUUCACGUACAACUUUAAUUAUUUAAAAGUCCUAAUGUAUUUGGUACAUUAAACAAAAGUAAAAUGAAAUGUAAAACAAAAGUAAAAAGAAAAUCGAGCACAAAAUAUUGACAAAUAAUGUUCUUUAAAAUAUGGGACUUUAAAGAAAAAUAGUAAGAAAUGAAAAAAAUGAUUUCAGGACAAUAUACUUAGUUUAUGCUGACUAUUUAUACUAAAGUUGUGUAGUUUAUAAAGAUGUGUUUUUUGUAAAUGUAUCGGUAUAAGUCGUAAAUGCAUGGAUCAUCUGUAUUAUUUCAAACGUCCAGUACAUUAAAUUGUAUUCUACUUAAGAGGAUAUAAAAUCCUAUGCAGUGUAGUAUUAGACAUUUAAUAAAAUAAUAUAAGUAUAAAAUAUUUCGAUAAUUCUAUAUAAAAUUUUAUUAUAGCUUACUUUCCUUAUUUGGAAGGUAAAUUGUAUUCGUUAAAUUUUUUAUUAAAUUCAAAAAUACUAAAUUAGGAACUCAUAUUAUCUUGGAACAAUGUUACAAUCAGUUUACUAUAUUCUAUAUACAAAUUUUGUUAAAAAAUAACUAGGGUUUUUAUCCAUUGAAACAAUAUUUUUUAUUUAUUAUUUCAUCGCUUAUGGUAAAAUAUUACGAUAAUAUGUGACAUUGCGAGUAAUCAGUUCUAUCUGUUCCACGAAAAGAUAUCUUUCUUAUUGAGUGGCUUUGUGGCAUUUAUCAAAAAUCAUGCAAUCAGGUCAGAGUUUAUUGAUUCAUUCCAACACAAUCUUGUACAGUUACACUUUUGCGAUAGAGUUACACAACUGCCGAUUAUGUGUGCCUGUCUGAUUACUUUUACGAUAAUAGAAUUUACAUUGUAAUAUCAUUAGUCAUUCUUUAUAGUAUUUAGCGUAUAAUAUAUUAAUCUGUAUAUUUUAGUGUUCUAUGAUGUUGCGUGAAUAUAUUUUUUGAUGUUAGCUGAAUAAAUUAAAGAAUCAUUAGGUCAUAAUUCUAAAAAUAAAAUAUUCAUGUCUUAUCAAUACAGUAAAUUUUGUAGAUCUGAAAUUGCCGUAAUAUUUUUAUAUUGUACAAUGUUGUUUAAUAAAUAAUGAAGUAUUCCAUU